GGUGCCUGACGAGGAGGGCAGGAGAGGCCAAGCAGCCUGCCGGUUCAGUCCGGCGGUUGCGCUGCUGCUCCGCACGCCCGGUGUUUUUAGCACUUGGAGAUAAUCCGUGUCCCCCGGCCGCGGGGCGGCGGUGGGCGACUGGCCCUGGCAGCGGGGCUGGUGGGAACGGGAGAAAGAGCGAUCGAGCGAGCCCGUUAUUCGCCGCUCGGCGCAGGCAGCGUCCCGGCCGCCCGCGCCUCUGCCAAGGGGCGGCCCCACACGCUGCCGGGCCUCGCCGCCAUCUUGGCCGCUGCCCCGGGAGCGGGCCGCACCGGGUCGGGGGAGAAAAUGAUCCACAGCCUGUUUCUUAUAAACUGCUCUGGUGAUAUAUUCUUGGAGAAGCACUGGAAGAGUGUUGUGAGCCAGUCUGUGUGUGAUUAUUUCUUUGAAGCUCAGGAGAAAGCAAUCGAUGUUGAGAAUGUGCCGCCUGUCAUCUCAACACCACAUCACUACCUCAUCAGCAUCUACCGGGACAAAAUCUUCUUUGUGUCUGUCAUACAGACAGAAGUGCCACCACUCUUUGUGAUUGAAUUUCUGCACCGAGUAGCUGAUACUUUCCAGGAUUACUUUGGUGAAUGUUCAGAGACUGCAAUUAAGGACAACGUAGUUAUUGUGUAUGAACUUCUAGAAGAAAUGUUAGACAAUGGUUUUCCACUGGCAACAGAAUCUAACAUACUGAAGGAACUGAUUAAGCCGCCUACAAUUUUGCGCUCCGUUGUCAACUCCAUCACAGGUAGUAGCAAUGUAGGUGACACACUUCCCACUGGACAGUUGUCCAACAUUCCUUGGCGCAGAGCAGGAGUGAAAUACACAAACAACGAAGCCUAUUUUGAUGUCAUUGAAGAAAUUGAUGCGAUUAUAGACAAAUCAGGUUCCACAGUCUUUGCAGAAAUCCAAGGUGUUAUUGACUCAUGUAUUAAGCUCUCAGGAAUGCCAGAUCUUUCUCUUUCUUUCAUGAACCCGCGGCUUCUGGAUGACGUCAGCUUCCACCCGUGUAUUCGCUUCAAGCGCUGGGAGUCUGAGAGGGUCCUUUCAUUUAUUCCUCCUGAUGGCAACUUCAGAUUGAUCUCUUACCGUGUCAGUUCACAGAACUUGGUGGCGAUUCCUGUGUACGUGAAACACGUGAUCAGCUUUAAGGAAAGCAGUUCUUCAGGAAGAUUUGAUGUUACCAUUGGACCAAAACAGAAUAUGGGGAAAACAGUGGAAGGAGUUGUCAUGACAGUUCACAUGCCAAAGGCUGUGCUUAAUAUGAACCUCAGUGCUACACAAGGCAGCUACACAUUUGACCCAGUUACUAAAGUAUUAACCUGGGAUGUCGGCAAAAUUACUCCUCAAAAGCUACCAAACCUAAAGGGCAUAGUGAACCUGCAGUCUGGAGCCCCCAAGCCGGAGGAGAAUCCAAGUUUAAACAUCCAGUUUAAGAUACAACAGCUUGCAAUUUCUGGACUGAAAGUGAACCGCCUAGACAUGUACGGAGAGAAGUACAAGCCUUUUAAAGGGGUCAAAUACAUAACUAAAGCAGGAAAGUUUCAAGUCAGGACAUGAGAGGAUGCUCUACACCAAGAGGAGACUCCCCUUUGAAAAAACCCUUGACUGCUUAGUGACUUACGUUGCUAUCAAAUAGGUGCCAAUUAACUGACACCGAUUAGUUCGGGAUCAAAUCAUUUGUGCACAGCAGCUUAUAAAAUGAAAGCAUAGCUUAGUUUUUUCUUAAUACAGCUUUAAAAUAAGGUACUUUUUUUCGAGUACACCUUCACUUUUUUUACUGGAUUGUUGUGAAUUGGUGGGGAAUAGUUUGAUAUACGUGACCCAUAAAAUCACGCUGUCAUAAAGACUACACUGCCAGUCAGAUACCAAAGCCCAGAGGCCAAGCACACUAUGAAGGUCAGACAGGCCACUGGAAAAGUCUUGUGGUGACAUGUUUUGCUGCUGCAGCUGCCUGCAAAGAAAGCUCAGCUAUCCUCACAGCCCACAGCAAACCGGCAUUCCACAAAGCACCAUGUCAUCCCUUCAGAAAUAGACAGCAAAGUGAGAGGGGCAGGGGUCCCGCAGGGGCCUGGGACAUAGCAAGCACUGCUCCUGAGAAAGAGCUUCUGGUGAAGAAAAUAAACACACAAUUUCCUUGUUUACAAGAAAUUGCCUUUAAGAAGCAUUUGCCUUAAUCAGCUGUCAUUGGUGCCAUCUGCCGAUGGGCUGAUAAAACAAAGCAUUCUGCAUUCAAUCUGGGAGGUGAUUGUUGCUUCAGUAAUCCACUUUCUUCCAUUCAAUCCAAUCAUUGCCGUCUCCUUUUUUAAACAAGACUGUUGCAGAGAGUAAGAUAUUUCUCAUGUGAAGCCUUUGAUUUGAUUUAGAUGCUCCACUUGUUCGAAGUGGACACCACCAGGUUUGUGCCACGUGUACAUGGGAGUGUAGCUUUUUAGAUAGCACAAUAGAAGCGUCGUGUUUAAUAGUUGUGGCUUUAAUGUCUUGAAAUAAAGGGAACUCCGCUGCAAGUACAUCUGUGAAAUGCUGGUGACACUGUAAACCAUUCACAGUGCUUGUAGGCAGGAGGCAUCUGAUACACAAGUAA